AUGCACGGGCCAGUGAAAGGAUUGUUUUAUGCUAUUUGCUACCCCAUUAUCGCUGCUGUUGGUUUCCCAGCCAACUUGGUGUCAAUUAUAAUACUAUCCCGAGGACGGUGUGGGCUCUCCAAAUGUGUAACCUACUAUCUAGUGGCAAUAGCUGUGUCCGAUUUUUUUGUCAUCAUCACUGGGUGCAUCCUAAAUCGGAUCAGCCGCAUCUACUUUAUUUACAGCGUAUUGUCCACUACCUCUGUAUGCAAACUGAGCACAAUCCUGGCCCGCUGCAGCCGAGAGGGCUCAGUCUGGCUGACUGUGGCCUUCACAUUCGACCGUUUUGUGUCCAUCUGCUGCCAGAGCCUGAAGAUUGGAUACUGCACCGUGAAAAUUGCGUCGCUGCUCAUUGGAAUGACCUGCAUCCUGAGUUGUGUCAAAAACUUCCCUUUAUACAAUAUCCUCAAACCUUUAUAUAUUCUGAAUGGUCUACCCUGGUUAUGUGACAUCAAAUCCAUCUUUUUUACUUUACCUGCCUGGCAGGCCUAUGAUUGGAUGGAACACAUUUUAACCCCCAUUCUCCCUUUUCUCCUCAUUCUGCUGCUUAAUGCCUUGACUGUACGGCAUAUCCUGGCCGCCAGCAAAGCAAGGAAGAAACUUCGAAAUGUUGAGUCUGGUCGAGACCCAGAGGUGGAAAGUCGCAGGAGAUCCAUCAUCCUGCUCUUUGCCAUCUCGGUCAGCUUCCUGCUGCUGUGGGCCACCGAAGUGGGACAUUUCUUCCUCGUACGGUUUAAAGGUGAUACAGACUUCAACGGCCUGGAUUUCCAAAACGUUGACUACAUCUUGCAAGAGACCAAUAACAUGUUCCAGCUACUUAGUUCCUGCAACAACGUAUUCAUUUAUGCAGUAUCUCAGAGUAGGUUCCGUAGGGAGCUCCAGAAGAUUCUCAUGUGUCCUUUCACCAUACUCACAGUAAAAUUGUAG